AUGGGAUAUGCUAAGCACCGUCAAAUAUUAAAUGAUUUAGAAAACGAGCUUAGUAAAUACAUUUUAAUAAGUGCUAAAAUUUAUUAUGGAUUAACUCCUAAAAAUGUUCGAGAACUGGCUUAUGAGUUGGGACUUGCAAAUCAAUUGGAAAUGCCUGAUACCUGGAUAAACGCCAAAAUGGCAACAUCAGAGUGCAAAGAUGUGUGGAAUGCGGAUGAAACUGGGGUGCAGACAGUUCAGCGACCAGGCAAAGUUAUUGCUGAGAAAGGAGUCCGUCAAGUUGCAAAAGCUACUUCUGCCGAGCGAGGACAAACCGUAACAAUUGCAACUGCUGUUAAUGCUAUUGGCAAUGCUCUCCUGCCACUUUUUAUUUUCCCUAGAGUAUUCUUUAAAGACUAUUUCAUAAAGGAAGGACCACAAGGGUGUAUUGGCACUGCACACCCUUCCGGUUGGAUGACUGGGUCAUCGUUUCUCACUUUUAUUAGACACUUUCAUAGUCACGUAAAGUCAACACUUCAUCAACCUUGCCUUUUAUUGCUAGACAAUCAUGAUUCGCACUUGUCUAUACAAGUGUUAAGCUACUGUAAAGACAAUGGAAUAAUUUUGCUAUCUUUUCCUCCUCAUACUUCACAUCGCCUCCAGCCCCUAGAUGUAUCUGUUUAUGGACCAUUUAAACGAUACUACUUCGCAGCUGUUGACAACUGGCUAGUUAGCAACCCUGGUAAAACCGUAACAAUUUAUGACAUUCCUAACCUGUCAAUUGCGCCUUUCUAA